AUGGAUUCUCCGACACCAACCCACACGAGCUAUGGUUCUGAGACAACGAUAGUCGAACAGCUGAAGACGUUUCAGUUCCGCCGCUCCAACAGGCCAAUUCUCACAUCCAUACAACAAAACAGCCCGUACUGUAGCCUGAUACACACGUCCCUUGAGAUUCAGAGAUUCAUCACUUUGAAGUCGUGUCUCAAAUCAGCAAAAGCGACCCGAGAUCUGCAGAGCCGUGCAUUGACCUCAUCUGUCACACUGCAGUCAGAACUAAUACAACUUCCAAGAUACGUAAAACGCUCCACAACUUCCACGAUCUCUUCCCGGAUUGUAAGUGGCGCAUUCAGUGACUGCACGUCCACGAGCAUGACUUUACACUUUAUGGGUGCAAAGUGCAUACCAAAGGACAGGAUGACUCUGGGUUUAAAGGGUUGGCGAACCUACGUGUCACUCAAAGUUCGGUAUCGGGAACAUCAACACUUGACGGAUGAUGUGUUUCCACUCCGUUCGGAGAAUACGAUUUUCCGUGGUCUGGUGGUAUUUAGCUGA